AUGAACGAGAACCCGUGAUUAACAGCAGCAGAUACGUCAGCUGCUAUCGUUAUCUGGAUAUAAAGCGCGGAUUAUGAAGGUAAACACCUGACAGUGGUAUUACAGUAAUUCAUUACAUACACCUCUUAACUCAGCCCUCUGUGGGCAGUUAAGUAUUUCUGCAACAAAAUGGAGCAAGAGGAAGCACAGCAAAGAUUACUUCCAGAGAAUGAUGAUGAAGGAGGUAGCAUACCCACAGAUAGUUGGAAUGGAGUUUAUAUCAUAUUCUGCAUUCUCGGACUAGGAUCACUGUUGCCAUGGAAUUUUUUUAUUACUGCCAAAGAGUACUACCUGUUCAAGCUAAGGAACCUCACCUUAUCAGUUGAUGACAUAGACAAUCCUCAGCUGCAGACCGAGAUGCAAACUAUGUUUGAAGGAUCAGUUGCAGCUGCUUCUAUGUUACCAAAUCUCCUCUUCAAUUUUUUUACUGCUGGUUUUACACAAAAGUUACCUAUAAAAGGAAGGAUGGUUGUGUCAUGUCUCACUAUAUUGAUAAUGUUUGUCUUCACUCUGUCUCUUGUCAACAUCAAUACUAAUUCAUGGCAGAUGCCAUUUUAUGUAGCCACGCUUGUCACCGUUGUGAUUCUAAGUGCCGGGAGUGCUGUAUUUACAGCUUCUAUGUUUGGUUUGGCUGGAAUAUUUCCUCCUCGGUACAUGCAGGCUGCAGUUAGUGGUCAGGCAGUUGGAGGAUUAUUCGCUGCUGUGGCCAAUCUGCUGACUUUAUUGGCCGGGUCAACACCACUACACAGUGCCUUUGCCUAUUUUAUGGCCGCAACUGUAGUAUCAUUACUUACCUUAAUCUGCUAUAUACUUCUUUAUUGCAUAGAUUAUUCAAAGUUUCAUUUAGAUUUAGAUGUUACAAUACAAGAAGAUGGAUUUGCAGAAUCUUCAACUGACAGUAUAUCUCAGAGAGCAUCUUCCGUGUUUCAUGUUCUAAGGAAGAUUUGGCCUGAAGGCUUGGCAGUUUUCCUCACCUUUACUGUGUCACUAAGCUGUUUCCCAGCCAUUUCCUCAUCUAUCAUUUCACAACAUAAAGAUGGCUCAGGGUGGACAGGGAAAUACUUCACUGUCAUCGUGUGUUUCCUGUUAUUUAAUCUAGGAGAUUGUGUGGGACGAGUAGUUGGUGGCUUUUUACAAAGGCCCAAGAUUUCGCAGCCAUUAUUGCUGGUGAUAAUGUCGUUUGUACGUGUAGCAUUCAUUCCUCUACUGAUGUUAUGUGAUGCUCAGCCACGUACACACUUACCAGUUGUUUUCACCAGUGAUGUGUAUCCUGUGGUGUUUAUAUCACUUCUUGGACUGACCAAUGGCUAUUUGUGUACCCUCUGUAUGAUGUAUGGACCAAAAAAAGUGUUGCUGAAGGAUGCAGAGUUUGCUGGAGCAAGCAUGUCUGUGUGUACCACUGUAGGCUUGGCACUUGGCUCCCUUAUCUCCUUGCUGCUUGUCAAGAUGUUGUAGGAAGAUGGAGAAAACAGUGUAUUGGUCACAGACUUUCCCUCAAUAAAUCCAAAUCAUACCAAGAUUUUUUUUUCUUUAGAAGAUUAGACUUAAAACAAAUGCAUGUUCUUUCUGUUUUCAUAUGAGGAAGGAGUGGAAAGGAAACUUCAGAAGUUAAUUUUCUAUUGACAUUGGUGUCCAUGGCAACAAAGAGAUGUGUUUAGGAUUGAAGUCAAGGUCAAGUUCUAAGAAAGAAUAAUUACUAGAAUUAAGUGUUUAUAUAUUUAUAGGAAUCUCUUUGAAAAACUAUGUUUAUAAUUUUGAUAGUGAAGACAGAUUUGAAGACUUUUGUUGUCAAACAGUCAUGUUCAAAAGCAAACUUAAACUAUUUAAAUUGUUAUGUUACUUGAUCUGACAGAAUGUGCUUCAAAUGAACAGUAAUUCAUACAAAUGUAUUUAUCUUAUGUCUGGUGCUUAUUUUGUGAAUGUACCUGAAAAUUGACAUUCUAUGCAUGUUUGAAUAUUUUGUUUGUGAUUGUACAUGAAAACUAUUCUGUGAUGUAUGCCAGAUCUGUUUUUGAGCCUUUACCUCAGAUAUCUUUUUAUCGGGUACAUUUUUAAAGAUAUAAAUAGAUCUAUAUGAAUGAAAAAAAAAUAAAAAAUUGAUUUGUU